CACGUUUUAAAGGGUCUCUAAAACUUGACCGCGUAGCGUCACAGCUGGAACCGAUACCAUAAGUUUUUUGUCACAUUAAUAAUAUUUCCAUUAAAAAAAGUUCUCUCAAUCUUGUUUAUCCUCCAUUUUGCACGGUAGUACUAUUUAUAUUUGACACGCCUCCUACAGAAAAGAAAAUGUGCUCUUCAAAAGCUCGCUAUCUGAUAUUCUUUCAAUAUUUCGGUACCAAGUACAGUGGAGUAAUGAAGGCACCUAUUCACCAAAAUGUACUUGGGGUUCAGAACUAUUUGGAGGACGCCCUCAGAAAGUUAAGGCCGGUCAAUGAGAUUGCAGUGUUCAUUUCAAGCCGGACAGACAGUGGUGUGCAUGCCCUGCAGAAUUCUGCCCAUGUGGAGAUUCAGAGGAAGGAGGGGAAUAUGCCAUUUUCAGAGCAGGUCCUUGUUGAUGCUUUAAAUUACCAUUUGCAGUCUGAACCAAUUAGUAUUAUUAAAGCCUUCAGAGUACCAGAUACAUUUCAUGCCCGUUAUUGCGCUCUAUCUAGAACUUACCUCUACCGUUUUGUUACUGGUGUUACUCAUCACUCACAGAUUCCAGUGUUUGAGAGGAACCUCUGCUGGGCUUUACCUACACAACAUUUUAGCACGGAAGCAGUCCAGGAUGCUGCCCAGCUAUUAAAAGGCACCCAUGACUUCAGCACAUUUCGAUCCCUCAAUUCAGAAACACCAUUUAGAUCUCCGGUGAAAACUCUUCAGGAAGUAACUGUAGCACCAGUGGAGAGCUCAUUCUCCCGCCAUUAUUGCCACCAGCACAUGCAGUACUGGGAAUUAACUUUUCAAAGCAAAUCAUUUCUGUAUAAACAAGUCCGCAGAAUGACCGGUGCCCUGGUUGCAGUGGGACAAGGGAGGCUUACUCCAAAACAACUGCAAGAUCUCUUAGAUGUUCGGAAUUCACUAGCAUUUCCACAGAAUAUGAUUGCACCACCAGACGGUCUGUUUUUGAAGGAAGUAAAAUAUGAGAACUUUAGAAACUGAAACAGAUAUUUAAAUAUUUUACUAUUUUUGGAAAUACUUUUCAAAAAAGAAGUUCACAAAAACUCUGACAAUUAUGUGAAACAUUUACAUUUUUUACAAAUUACUUUUUUUUUCUUCACAUUUUUGUUGAUAAAUUAUGUCAUUUAAAUUCACAUUUAUUCCAUUCUGUAUUGUCAUAAUUUUCCAUCAGAAAUUUUUAAAACUACAUGUGGGUUUUUUCUGUCAUCUGACAACUAGUUAAAUCAAACUUUGCAAUGUCAGUCUGUUUUACAGAAUCUAAUUUAAUAAUAUUAAUGUAAUGAUUUUAAAGAAGACAUGCUUUUUCUCUGCAAAAACCUACUGUCAACAUUUUCUCAUAUACUAUAGAAGAAUAUGUGUUGAAAUUCAAUUUGAUAGCUAAGGAUAAAAUUUUAAAAACAUAACAUAACACUGCACAGAUUGGGACAACAGGCAAAAUAUGAUUGGGUUUUCAUUAUCUAGACCAAUUGGCUGAUAAAUUAAACACAGAAGUCCACUGUGAAAGUAUUAUCUGGUCACUUCAUCCAUUCAUUUUUUUAAAUCUGCUUUUUCUUUAUGUAAUUAUAAAGAACCAGAACUGUUAAUAGCAGUAACUUACUGUAUAUUCAACACAUAUGUUUCAUAUUAUGUAUAUGCUGCAAGAGAAUUGACUGUCAAUAGUGUAUCUCUUUGAACUGUGCAAGGGAAAACAUGGAAAUUGGACACAAAAGGUAUCCCAGCCAGAAGCUUGUCUGGGGUUUGAUCAGUUUGGGCUGACAGUGAUACCUGUAGCUCACAAGUGUUGCCCUUCAUCUGAUCAAAUUGAAAAUUCCCCUAAAUAAGAGGAAUCUCAUAUUUAAAGUAAAUUCCAGAGAUUUUGCUGCUGUAAACAUGGGCCAUCUGGCUCAUUGAUCUUUGUUUAUCUGAAGAAAAGAAAUAAAAUAGCCAUAAAUUACCCUGUGAAUGUAUAGCGAGUUUGUGUAAACAUGGGACACUAGGGACUCUUGCUGACUUCUGCAAUAAAUAACUCGCAUUUGGUUAUUGUUUUAAAUGACAGUAAUUUAUAGUUAUCCAUCGCUCUGGCUCCUCAUGAUGUCAACAAGAUAUUUCACAGGGCAAAUGUGCAUUGUUUGGUUGAAUGUUAUAGUAGAUAUUGGGAAAAGCUGAACCAAAAUGCUCUAUUGCUUUCAUGUAUUCAGUAUUUUAAUGUGGUUUAGGGAAUAUGGCAAAAGUUAUCUCAAAGACUGGUUCUUUGUCUUCAAGGAACAAAAACUAACACCUUUUAUUGAAACUUUUUUGGAAAGUCUUUUAUUUUUUGUACUCAGAUAAAUGAAAAGAUACACUGAUUUGCUGUGUAUAACUAAAGUGUGUUCCUUCUGCUGCAAUCUGCCUUUCCAGCUGGCCAACUUGCAUAUAUCUGUGUGGAAGUGUACAGUCUGCCAAGAAAUAUAAGAAUGUGUGUGUAUCUCCCAUCCAUGAUUAUUCAUUUCCUAAUUUCAUCACCUCCUUUUUAAAAAAAUGUCUUUUUACAUUAAAGUGUUGUCUGUAUAAA